CAUUCAGCUCAGAAAAUAAAAAUGGCGACUUACAUGGGAAGAAGCAUGAACGAUUCCAGUCAAGAUGAAAUUCAAGAUAGCACCGAGUUGUCGUCCGUAAAUAUGGUUGACAUGAUGGAUGUUCUUAUAGGACCAAAUAAAAAGAAACAUAAUGAGGGACUGAGACAAUUUGGACUACCACAGGCUCCAAAAACGAGGGAAGAAUUGACGAUGGAACGUGUGAUGGAAAGUUGCACAUUUAAAACCGUCAUGAGUUGCGUGUUGGGUUUUGCCCUGGGAGCAGCAAUUGGUUUAUUUGCAGCAAGUGUUGACCCUGUUGAUCCUGAUCAAGCAGCCAAACAGAAGGCCAGAGAUGUUUUGAAAGACAUGGGUCGGAGGAGUGUUUUUCAUGCCAAAAACUUUGCUCUCAUUGGUGCAAUGUUUGCAGGAACAGAAUGUAUAAUAGAAUCAUACCGGGGUCAGAGUGACUGGAAAAAUAGUCCCAUUGCCGGAUGUGUGACUGGAGGUUUAAUAGGAUACAGGGCUGGACUUAAACCCGGCGUUGCAGGGUGUGUAGGAUUUGCUGCCUUUUCAGCUGCUAUCGAUCACUACUUCCAUCUUCACUGAUGUACGGGAUCUUCUUACAACACUUGGUCAUCUUAGUCUUGGAAGUGACUUUUGGGGGUCGUCAUGAAGACAUGCAUGGAAGCCCAUAUGGAUCCAAUACUGAUAAAAAAAUUGUAUGUGAGGUUUUCUUGGCCAUGAACAUCACCAAGUGUGAAUACACACAGUAUUGGAAUUCUGUUGGAAUGUGUACACUUUCAUAGACUCAUUUCAGCAGAUGAAGAGAACGUUUGAACUUCAUGUACAUAUAUGCAUUCAAGGUGAAUUGAACAAGGGGCAGUCUUGAACACAGAAAGUCCCACAAAUCUUUCAAAUUCUUAAGUUUUACCCGUCCCAUUCUAAAUACAGUCAAGUUUCAAAUUGUAUUGACCCUUACUUUACCUUAACCCUCCAUUUUUUAACUCACUACCGUGGGAAUUAGAGAGAAAUGUUUGAGGUAUUCUUGGGGCUGGAUGUGGGGCAACUCCGAUCUUUGUGUAAUUGUUGGUACCCAUAGCUACGUGUAUUUUAGAAUGUUUGAGAAAGCUACUGUAUUGCCAUGAACAUAAAAUGGAGCUGUAUUUUGUGAGUGAAUAAAACAGUUGAAUACGUAAUUGAAUGGUA